UUGCAGUUGCAUAUCAGACCUGAACUACACCCCCCUGUUCUUAGCUGCCCAGAGAGCGAUUUAUUAGGCGAUUUGCUCUGUGCCAUAAUCUCUCGAGGUUCCGAGAACAUGUCAGCGGCAUGUGAAGGUCUUAGUGGGAAACUUCUUCCAAGGACACUCCGGCAGUUCAUUUGGAUUGAUAAACUCCUGAGAGCCAGCUCUGAAAGUCCGCAAACCAAAGAACUCAUGGCUACUGAGAGAGACGCCAGAGAGGACUUUGGGCAAACUGUAGCAUGGCGGAUGGCGGAACUGAAUCUCCGAAGUGCCACUCGGUCACCUCUUUCAGGUCUUAUUGAAAAUGCAGUUGUAGAGAAAUACAGAAGCGCUCCCUGCAUGCGUCCCUUUGCUGCAAACGAGCAGGUGAUUUUGGAGACCAGCAAAAGCUUAAACGUCUUGUAUGUUUUCAACGGCACCUAUGACCCCUACCUCAUCUACUGGCUUUUCCCUCUGCAAAUGGCAUUUAAGCAAACAGCACCAAGAGCAGAACACCCCUAUGAAUUAGCCAUGUACCUGCAUUCUCUACACCAGAACCUAUUCCCAACUUGGGGGGAACUCUUUGUAACAGCGGAGUCAGUGAUGAGCCUUCUGGAGAGAGAAGAUGCUGAAUUCUUCGCUCACCUUCAUCGCGCUUGCAAAAAGAAUGUCACAGUUGACCCUAAAGAUUUCCUGGUGGAAUUGAUACUUCAGGAAAGAAGGAGAGCUCAAGGGAUCUGCGCGUUUGAAAAUGGAUUCCCAUCAAGACAAAACGGAACCAAAGAAAUACUGGCAAGCCCCGUGGUUUUCCUUAGGAAGUGGAUGGGCGAGGGGUUUGUCGGUGUUCUGAACUUGCCUGCUGUCUUGUUGAUCUGGGACCAGUUAUUCAUGAAAGACUGGAGCCUGGAUGUGAUGCAGAAUUUCUGUGUUUCCGUCCUUCUGUUGUUAAAGGAUUCGUUCAUGGCAGCUGAUGACUACCCAUCGGUUCGACAAGUCUUUCUGUCUUCAGCCUCCCAGCUUCUCACAGCUGACAUUCAAAGGGCUUGGAUUCACUUACAGCAAGGGGGCUUGCCUGCUGAUGUUCCUGGGCUUAAUAGACUGAAUCAAAGGCCGCUUGUGGAUCUGUCUCCUCCGAGGCAUGGCUCAGCAGAAGCUGGAAAAGUGUGUCUGGACCCUGGGGAAAUCUCGCCAACUGGCGUGAAGGAUAUUUUAUUGACGGUAGUUUUACCAGUUCCUCGGGCUGAGACUUGCUACAGUGAGACAACUCAAGGCGAUGUACAAUAA